AUGGCACUUUCUCCCUUCAGCUCUCGGUCACCUUCUAUGACUGUUCAUUCACCAAAUACUGCGAUCCGACUUCGUGCGACGGCAGCCCAGAACGCAGCUUCUGGGACGGCUGCAGUCGCGGCUUCCAAGCCAGUUCCACACGAAGAUCGCGAGCUCACCGAGCAGCUCAACAUCGAUGUGCGGGAGAGAUAUGUCAAAGAUAAGAAAGUCGGAGAAGGAACCUACGCCGUGGUCUUCGUUGGCCAUCUCCGGGACAAUCCUUCCUCCCUCGUUGCAAUCAAGAAAAUCAAAGUGAACGCGGAAUAUAAAGAUGGACUAGCGAUGGACGCAGUUCGCGAGGUGAAAUAUCUUCAAGAACUGAAACAUCCCAACGUCAUUGCCUUGCACGACGUCUUCUCCUCUAAAGAUCAGAACCUCAGCCUGGUCCUUGAGUUCCUUCCUGGUGGAGAUCUGGAGAUGCUCAUCAAAGACAGUGAUAUUCAAUAUGGUGUGGCGGACAUCAAGGCUUGGAUGGGUAUGCUCGCCCGGGGUGUAUGGUGGUGUCACGAGAACUUCGUUCUUCACCGAGAUAUCAAACCCAACAACUUAUUGAUCGCGGCGGACGGUGAAGUCAAACUGGCCGAUUUCGGCCUGGCCCGGUCCUUUGCGGAUCCCGGCUUCCGAAUGACCUCCCAGGUCAUUACUCGGUGGUAUCGUCCGUUGGAGCUUCUCUACGGGGCCCCUCAUUAUUCCGGCGCCGUUGAUGUGUGGUCGAUGGGGAUGGUCUUUGCCGAGCUUCUGAUUCGGGUCCCUUUCGUCGCCGGCAACACUGAUCUGGAUCAGGUGUCGAAGAUCUGUGAGGCGUUCGGGACGCCCACGGAGGACAAUUGGCCUGGGGUGAGCAAGCUCCCCCACUACAUUCCCACCGAUAAAAGCCAGGUGGUGCCAUUACAAGGGCGGGAUUUCUUUAUGCGCCAAUUUCCCACUGCAGGCCCUGUGGGUGCCGAUCUCCUCAUGGCGAUGUGCGCCCUCGAUCCUCGCAAGCGUCGGACGGCGACUCAGUGUCUCCAGCACAGCUGGUGGACCGUUGAUCCCCGGCCGACGCAGAAUGAAAAUCUCCCGCGCAAAUCUGGCGGUACUAAAAAGAUGGGGGAUGAUCUUGCCCGCCGUGAUCUCGACGAGGGUCUCUUCAAGAGUGCUGCCCGACAGCUGGACUUUGGCAUGAAAUAA